AUGAUCCCCGUGGAGUCGAUGGAGCCUACCACUGCCUCAUUAAAGGAACUGGUAAAGUCAAAGCCCUCUCUUUUAUCCAGAUGGAGAGAAUUUGCCGCAAACACAACUGUCCAUGGGCUACGAUAUGUCGUUCAAGCGUCUCUACCUGGUUAUAGACGACUGGUGUGGGCAAUUUUACUCUUCGCAGCCUCAGGUGCUUAUUUGUACAAUUCGACAAUAAGCUUCAAAAAAUAUAUUUCAGGACCAAUAAGAACAGAAAUUUCGCAAGAAACACCUCGGGAUGGCUUGAAGUUUCCUGCAGUUACAAUCUGCAAUUUAAAUCAGUUCAUGAAAACAAAGAUAGACACGACCGAUGAGGACGAAAACUUUGAAAAAUUGGGAUUAAACAUCAGCGGAUGCAGUGAAACAAGAACUGUUCGUGGUAAUCUGACAUGUGGCCAAGCUUUGUUGUGCGCUUUUUCUGAUUAUGGUCCCUUUCUGGUGGACAACUGUAACUAUUCGACCAGGCAGAGAAUAAUGAGUGUUCUUAAUCGCAAAAAACGUAUCUAUGACGAAAAAGAAUUCCUUACUAAGUAUGGGCAUGACCUCUUUGGCAAUAACAGCAUGAGUGGAGAUUUAAAACAUUGUGCUUUUAAAGGCCGGGAACAAAUAAACUGCUCGGAACAUCACUUCAUUCCAGUUGUUACAAAUAGUGGCAUCUGUUACACGUUCAAUUCUGGUUAUAAUGGGUCUACGAAGAGUGAGCCGUUUCGUUCUUUUUAUGAAGGUUCAGAUUUCGGUUUAGCCAUUGCUCUAAACGUUCAAACAAAUGAGUCCACAUUCAGUGCCUCCUCUAGUGGCUUAGCAGUUAAUGUACAUGACCAAGACACCUAUGUAAAUUAUCAUACUGCGUUUAAAGUCCAGCCCGGUGCACAUGCGUCUGUUGCAAUCAAGAUGACCCAGUACAAAAGACUCCAGGCGCCCUUCAGAACAAAUUGCAGCAAAGUGGAUAGCUUGGCGGGGAUCAAGUCAUACACGAAAGAUGGCUGCAUCUAUCAGUGUCAGUCAAAUCAAAGUAUGAAUAAAUGCGGAUGCCAAAAAAACCAUGCUUUACCAGAUCUGCGGGGUUUGCCUGUGUGUUCCUUUCAAGACAAUCCGUGUCUUCAAAAAGCAAGAAGGGAAUUUAACUUGACGGAAUGUGGCUGCAACAGUGCAUGUGAGCAGACAGUUUAUGAAUCACGGGUCUCAUAUGCUAAAUUUCCGGACAAUACGCUAUUAAGGAUAUUUCGACAAACUUAUAAUUUCAGCGAGAAAUACCUCAGUGAGAACUAUGUUUAUCUUCAAGUGGGAUUUCAAUUUUUGUCUUACGAGAAACGCGAAGAUGUCCCUGGCUACACAGCUGAGAGCCUUUUCGGUGAGCUUGGAGGCAACAUGGGUUUGUUCCUCGGGUGCAGUAUUCUGACCACCUGUGAGUUCCUCGACUUUCUAUGGGAACUCGUACUAUCCAAGAUAAGGAAACGUCCUGUGGCAGUAAACACGGAGCCUGCAUAACCAGCGCAGAUGGAUCUUACCGAGCAUGCAGCUGUGGUGUCGUCUUAUAUAAAUCUACAUACC